AUGUCUUGCCACAACUGCUCUGCCGACUACAGCUUGGGCUCCCUCAGCUGCCAUCUUCCUCUCACCUCCUCCAUCACCCUCUGUCCUGCGGCCAUGAGCUGUGGCGAUGUCCUCUGCUUGCCCGGUAACUGUCAGGACCAUCUCCGGCCUCUGGACAACUGCCAAGAGACCUGCGGCGAGCCCAGCAGCUGCCAGCCGGCCCACCGAGAGCCCGGCAACUUCGAAGCUUCUUGCUGCCCAUCCACUACCUACUACGUGUCCAGACCCUGCCAAGGAACCACUUUUCUUCCUGCUGCUUCUUACGUCUCUGGCUCCUGCCUCCCCAUCUCCUAUAGACCUCUCAGCUUUGUGUCCAGCACCUGCCGCCCCCUGAGCCUCCCUACUUACGGAUGCCGCCCCGUGGGCUGUUUGCCCUGUAAUCCUCAGUCACUUCACGUUGUGCCAAGUGGACUCAGACCUCUGCGCCCUCUCUUGGGCGGGUGCCAGCCUCUGACCCACGUGUAUAGCCCUUGCCGUCCAUCCUGCUCUGCGCCGGGAGGCCAGUAGCUUCCUGCCUAAUAAUGAUAUGCUAAGGAUCCAGGACAAAAUUUCAAACUCUGUGG